AUGCCCUCAGUCCCGUCAACGCCAGUUACCACCAAUUUACCAGCUACACUCACCCCUCCACCAUCGAGGUCCACCCGAAUAAAUCCUCCAGCUACAUCUCUAAAUCUCCCUACAGGAAGGAGAAGGAACGAUUCUUUUCUCUACAACCAUAUCCCGCUCCCUGCUUCGCCUCAUGGAGCAGAUAAUCCUUCUCCCUCUCCCGCUGAUGUUCUUUCGCAGAUGAGAUUUUCUUACACCUCGUCCCAUUUAACUUCACCUUUCUUGACUCCUGGAAACGGACGUACUAGGUCUAGGUCCAGUUCUAAUUCUAGGCAGUCUGGGAGGUCUCCAGAUAGGUUUAUUCCAAGUCGGGCAAAUAUUCAAAGUUUUCGCAUGAAUUGUCCAGCCCAUCUAUUAUCAAGUGAGGAAAGACUUCUACGUCGGAGUGUUGGUACAGCAGUAAGAGGUCGCAGUGCUUCCCCCGAUACAAGAAAUAUAUCUGCUGCUGGUGCUGUGGGUAUAUUCGGGAUAGGUAUCGGUGCUGCACCAAGAGGGCAGGAGCCCAUUCCUAGGGGGAGAGAGGUCCACAUCAAUGUAUUCGGUGACAAGGCCACUCCCGAAGCUGAAAUGGAGAAACACGAGAGGAGACUCUCUGCCGCACUCGGUGUGGAUAGAAGUGCCCGAGUACUUAGCUUCACUCGAGAAAACGAGCCUAGAAAGGAUGGGAUGGUCAGGAAAGGGGGCGUUCUAGGGAGUCCACGGAGUGAGAACUUGAGUGAUUUGCUCUGGGAUGAUGUUUUGGAUGCUGGAAGUCGCGACUCUACGCCACAAAGCUCCCCCUGCCGUAAGGCCCAGAAACGAACUGUACCCACUACCCCAUUCCGAGUUCUAGAUGCUCCAGGCCUUCAUAGUGAUGUGUAUAGUUGGACUGAAGCCGGAGGCGCUCGUCCUUUUGAGCCAUGGUCUACAUCUCAUGUGACCUCUCUUGCAUUCUCAAGUUCACAAGGCGGAAAUAACAUUCUUGCUAUUGGUAGAAUUGAUGGUUCUCUUAGCUUGUGGAAUCCAAUUGAGCUUACUCCGAGGAUUGAACGUCCUCACAACGCAGGAGUUGCUUGUUUGGCUUGGAAGCCAGUGCUUUCUCAUCGCCCGUUGGCAUUUUUUCAGCCCUAUGGUACAGGAGAUCGUUCUCGUCCCUCGUCUGCAAUAAUAGAGACUGAGGAGCUUCUUGUGGGUGACGAGUUUGGAAAUGUUACACUCUCAGCAAAUCUGCGGGUUAGCUUGGAGUGGAGAUGGCGUCGAGAUUCAUCGGGAGGAGAAAAUAUGAUUGAGGGCGGAGAAAAGUACAAGUGGUUGCAUGGAGCUGCUGUGAAGGCAAUUGCAUUUUGUCCCUGGCAGAAGAGCUUGAUUGCAACUGGCGGGGGCUCUAACGAUCGCUGUAUUCAUUUCUUUCACACAUUUUCCGGUGCAGCACUUGCAACAAUCAACGUUUCUGCCCAAGUCACCUCCUUGUUGUGGUCUGUCAACCAUCGUGAAAUCGCCGCAACAUUUGGCUAUGCCAAUCCUGAUCAUCCUAUAAGGAUUGCAGUAUUUAGCUGGCCAGAAUGUAAACAAGUUGUGCAGAUACCUUGGCAAGAGGAUAUGAGAGCUCUGUACGCAGUGGCAUAUCCUGGAGGUCCCAACGACUCUCCCUCGAGCUUCGCCAGCGACACUGCUACAACAAACGCAUCGAACAUGGGGCGGACUGAGAGCGGGAAUGAUGAUGCCGAUAUUUUGAGGGAAGAAUUUGGUGUCAUCGGUAGAAACAUCGGUUUCCCUAGAUGGCCUGGAAGGAAUAGGCCAAAGAGCGAGGGCUGUAUUGUCGUCGCUGCUAGCGAUGAGACGGUACGCUUCCACGAGACCUUUAUGCCUGUCCACUCUAUGAGCUUCCACUACUGGGACAUCAUUGUUCGCACUCAGCUUUCAAAGAGUCUGGCCUUCUUGGCCAAUCAAGUAAAGGUCAAUAAGUGCCAAGAUCAGGCGUUUUCCAUUAUUUAUUUCCCUGUCAAUCAUUUCAGGUAG